AUGAAGACUAAGAAAAUCAAGAAGACAAUGAAGACCAUGAACCCCAUGAAGACCAUGAAGAUCACGAAGACCAAGAAGGCCAAGAAGACCAAGAAUACCAAGAAGACCAAGAACCCCAAGAAGACCAAGAAGACAAAGAAGACCAAGAAAACUAAGAAGCCUACGAAGACCAAGAAAACUAAGAAGACCAAGAAAACCAAGAAGACCAAGAAGACCAAGAAGACCAUGAAGGCCAAGAAGACCAUGGAGACCAUGAAGAUCAUGAAGACCAAGAAGAGGAAGAAGACCAAGAAGACCACGAAGGCCAAGAAGACCAUGGAGACCAUGAAGACUAUGACGACCAUGAAGACCAUGAAUACCAUGAAGAUAUGA